UCUGUUGAAACGCGGUUUACAAUAUUAACGGAUAAUUCUCAGUACAGGAGUUUCAUAAAGUCAGACGCAAAAUCUUUCAUCAAUUACAAUUAUAAGAAAUACGGUGAUUUAUUGAUUUACAUCAAAGAUAAUAUAAAUAUGUAAUUUCUUCAAGUACAUGUGUUCGCACACGUGGUUAAAUAAAAGCUGAUGAAUAUUUGAAUACGAAAGAAACGUUAUUAGACGAUCGUUUAUUCUUCAAUUUCGAAGUUUUCAAGUGAAUUCUAUUUGUUUAAAAAAUGACUGCAUCGCUGUCGGUAUUAGCAAGCCUGGAUGAAGUAGUAAGAUGUUCCAACGUCCUCAUAAAUGGAUCCUGCGAAGAAGAGUUUCUUCAGUUUGCUAUAAAUCAAGAAGAAAUGCGACAGAAAUGGUUGGCAUCUGUGCAAGAAUGUCAACGGCUCCAUAUAGCUUUAGAAAAAUCUCAUCAUGAAGCAACUCGUCUUGAUAGAAAACUUAGUCAUGCUAGACGCUUAUUGAAUGAGGAGAAACAAAUGCGACGAGCUGCUGAAGAAGAAAAAAACUCUUUGGAACGGCAGAUAGCUUUAGUUAGAGAUCUUCUGUUUAAUGAUGGAGGAAGAAACUUGAAUGAUGAAACUAGAGAAAAGUUACAAUUUCUCAAUAAUACUUCUAUAAAUGCAAGAAACAGCAAUGUACACAUAAAAGAUUUACAUCAUAAUGACAAGCUCAACACAAUAGCAGAAUUAGAUUCUACCGGUUCUAUAUUAAGUGACUUCAGUUGUUUUUCAAAGUCAGAAGAUGAUUUAGAUACAAGCAUUAUUAUCCAACAAAAUCAGAAGAAGAGAGAAUGGAAAGAACAUAGACCAAGUGGAGAAUAUUCUCCAAAGAAACGCCGCAGCACACUACAAAAAGUGGCAGAAUUAAAUACUUCUGACAAAAUAAUAGCUACUACUACUGUCACAGUGCCAAAAGAAGGUGCAAUCACUGCAUCUUCAGUGAUCGAAGCUAUACCAAUAAAUGAAAAUACCAAUCCUCAAGGACCUCCACACAGUGGACGCAAAAAACGCAAAAGUUCAGAUCAUAGUAGAGCUAAAUUGACUCAAAUAGAUCUCAAUGAAAUAGCUGUUGAUACUACGCCUUCAGCACCAAAAGCAGAGAUUCUUACAUCAGGUUCUGAUUCAGAAACUGCUUUUAAACCGAGUCCAAAUAUUGGUGGAUACACUUUAAAUAUUAAAAAUUCUAGAGGUCAUAGUUUUACAGCAAAAACAGUUAUUAAACCUGAAAUGUGUAUACCUUGUGGUAAACGGAUUCGAUUUGGUAAAGUAGCAGUAAAAUGCAGGGACUGUAAAGCUACAGCACAUACAGAAUGUAAAGAUUUAGUACCACUCCCUUGUGUUCCAACAGGAAAUACACCUACUUUCCGUGGUACAUCAGGUACUAUAGCAGAUUAUGCCCCUAUGAUACCUCCAAUGGUACCUUCGCUAAUAGUCCAUUGCAUUAAUGAGGUAGAAUUGAGAGGUAUGAGUGAACAAGGAUUAUACAGAGUAAAUGGUGGAUCAACAGAUGUUAAAUGUUUGAAAGAAAAGUUCCUCAGAGGCAAAGGUGCUCCUAAUCUUUCUGACAUUGAUAUACCUACAAUCUGUUCUACACUAAAAGAUUUUCUUAGAUCUUUGCGGGAACCUUUAAUCACUGUAGCACUUUGGGCAGAUUUUGUUCGCGCUACUACUAUUUCAGAUAAAGAAGAUGCAGAUGCAGCACUUUAUCAAGCAAUUUCGGAACUUCCACAACCUAAUCGAGAUACACUUGCUUUUCUUAUAUUACAUUUACAACGAGUAUCUAGUAGCGCUGAAUGUAAAAUGCCAAUAAGUAAUCUUGCUAAAGUAUUUGGUCCAACAUUAGUUGGUUUUAGCUCUCAAGAACCAUCCCCUACUUCUAUGCUUAGUGAAACAAAAAAUCAAGUUGCAAUCGUGGAGAGCUUGUUAAAAAUUCCUUCUGAUUAUUGGGCCAACUUUGUUAAUCCUGAAAAUUUAAACAAUAUUGGUACCCCUAAAACAGGAGAAUUAAGACAUACUCCCUCUACAGAAUCACUUUUGAAACGUACUGCAUCUCGUGGAUUUUUCCACACACCUCUUACCUCCAGUCGCACAUUUAUGAAAAAAAACAAAAAAUACUUUGCAACUCCACCUUCUAGAAUAGGGUAUUAAGUAAUGUUAUUACGUUAUGACGUGUAUAGAUAUAAUGCUAAACACUAUUGAGCUUAAUUAAAUUAUACAUUAUAUUUGCAAUUGCCCUAUAGAAUUAAGUGAAACUCAAAGUUACACUUAAUGACUAAUAACAAUCAGCGAUUGUUUAGGCUCUUACUUUAAUUUAAUUAUACAAUGUUAAUUCUUUCAUCAAAAACUUGCACAAACUUUUCAUAUUUACUAUAAGAAGUGCCUUAUAACAUUUACUGUUUACUUAUUACAAAUACAUUCGCAAAUAAU